UUUUCUUGUUUACAUGGCUCACUCUAAUCAUCUCUUUAUUGUCUGCCAAAACCUAAGGGAAAAUUAACUAAAACUUUCUUAAUCAGAUCAUUAAUGCGCCUAAUCCCUAUUUUUAUAUCUAAUCUUUUCCUCUUAAUUAAGAAUAUUCUGACAAAAAAUAAAAAUAAAAAUAAAAAUAAAAAUAAAAGAUGAAGAAAGGAAACAGGCAGUUAGUUGCCUGCUGAAUGCUUCGCCUGAAAACUCUGCCACAUCACAAAUCACAUUAUUGUUUUUUCAUUUCCGAUCUCCAAUCUCCGCUUUCGUCACUCUCUUGUAACUUUUCGGACAUUUAGUUGUUUGUCUAUGUGUGUGUCUGAUGUCUUCUUACAGCAAUUCAAACCCGGAGAACUACAGUUCAUCCAGCGGCGUGAACACGCCGGAGCUCAAACUAUACCAAGCUUUUAUCUUCUCCGUCCCAAUCUGCUUCACUUUCAUCAUCCUCUUCGUAUUCUACGUCAUUUACCUCCGUCGUGGCAGCGCCGAUUUGUCUUCCCUCGGAAUGCGAACUACUUUCCUCCCCGGAAACUCCAUCUCCACGGCUGAGUUAGGGUUAAGCAAAGAGCUGAGAGAGAUGCUUCCCAUUGUCGUCUUUAAAGAGAGCUUCUUUGUAAUGGAUUCACAAUGUUCAGUGUGCCUUGGUGACUAUCAAGCAGAUGAAAAACUUCAACAGAUCCCGGCAUGUGGACAUACUUUUCACAUGGACUGCAUUGAUCUUUGGCUCACCUCACAUACCACUUGCCCUCUUUGCCGUCUCACUCUUAUCCCGAACCAAUCUCAUCAAAGCCAAGAAGAAGAUCCUCCUGUUCCCAGUCUUAGGACCCCUGAUGGAGGAGUAUCAAGUGACCCGGAACCUCAGCCAGACGACCACGGAAAUGAUGUCCAAGAGCAACAAUGUGAUCCAAAUGAGAAUGAUCGAGAUACAGAGAGCUCUAAAGAAACGCAAGAAGAUGAACGAAACAUCAUCGGUACAUCAAGUGGUGGUGGUAAUUGUAAACUUGGUUAAAGAUUUAGAGCUUGUGUUCAGUCCUUCAUGUAACUGUAAAGUUUGUAACAUUAGUGCGUUAGAGCUUGAUUCAUAGAAGCAGACACUUUGGUCUUGAUGUUGGAAUCAAACAUUUGAAAAAUGACCUCUCUUUCCACUAGGCCUGGGCCUUUUUACCUCGGACUGAAGCUCCGACCUUAGCACGAACCGUAAACUGAUACUCAUCUGAUCUGUUAUACAAAAAAUCUCCGAACGGAUUUUAAGAGCUUGGUACUUCGGGUUUGGGUAGAACCUGAACCAAAAUCCGAAUUAAAAUCUGAAAAUGUCCGAAAUUAGUUAAAUAUGUUAAUCAUUAUAUAAAUAUUAAAGUAAUUUAGAUAUUUCAGAGUAUUUUAAAGAUUUUUGUAAUCUGUUUUAUUUGUUAUUUUUUGAAUAUCAUUUAGUUAGUUUAGUAGUUUAACUAGUAUAUUUUGAAUAUUUUUGGUAACUUUUAAGUUUCAAAAAAAAUAUUUUUGGGCAUUUUCAGACAUUGGUUAUAAUUCGAACCGAACCGAACUGAAAAAAAGCUAGAAGAAUCUGAACCGGAACCAAUCCAAAAAUUAGUAAAACCCGAAUGGUCUUGAUGUUGGAAUCAAACAUUUGAAAAAUGAGCUUUCUUUCCACUAGGUCUGGGCCUUUUUACCUCAACCGUAAACUGAUACUCAUCCAAUCUGCUAUAUAAAAAAUCUCCGAAUGGAUUUUAAGAGCUUGGUACUUCGGGUUUGGGUACAACCUGAACCGAAAUCCGAAUUAAAAUCGAAAAAUAUCCGAAAUUAGUUAAAUAUGUUAAUGAUUAUAUAAAUAUUAAAGUAAUUUAGAAAUUUCAGGUCAUUUUAAAGAUUUUUGUAGUCUGCUUUAUUUAUUAUUUUUAACUAGUAUAUUCUGAAUAUUUUUGGUAACUUUUAAGUUUAAAAAAAAUAUUUUUGGGCACUUUCGGACAUUGGUUAUAAUUAGAACAAAACUGAAUCCAAACUGAAAGAUCCGAGUCAGAACCAAUCCAAACAUUAGUAAAACCUGAAUGGAAGUUAUAAAUAUAAUAUCAAAAAUCCAAAUCAACCCAACCGAAUCCAACCACCAUUUGAAUUACUUUCCACAGAAACUUGACUCCUUAUCAUCUGUGUUGUUUGCUCAGCGCGCUAAAACAAAGAGUAAUAGCAUAUGGUCUGUUACAAAAGAUAACUAAAUAAUGAAAUAUUCAAAAAGGGUUUGAUCUUAGCCAUUGGCUACGGAUAAGGCAUAUAAGAAAAAGCAGAGUCAAAGGUGGGUGAGAGAGAGAGACUAAAUCAAUCAAGAAUUUAGGAGAGGGAGACGUGUUUCUGCUGAUUCAUCUUUAGGGCAAAUUUAUCAGGGAUAAUUAGGGAGUUUAUUACAAGAACACAAAAGUCUAGUAACAAAAAGCUCAGGUUAAGAAUCGAUUAUUGUUGGAGUUUUAUAUUGUUCACGGACCCCGCUGAUAUACAGAGGCCCGAAAUUGGUAUAAAUUUUUUUUUUUUUAAAUAAAAAAAAAAUAGAUUUUAUGGGAUAAACAUGGCCUAAGGGCCGAGAACAAAGCUUGUAUUGUCCUCUGUCUGCUUUCUCUUUCUCUCCCUUGUUUGGUCCUAACAAAGAUUCCUUUCCUUGUCUCUCGGCAAAGAUAAAGGAUCUUUAAACUUGUGUCAUCUCGUUGCUGUAAUCUCAGAGAGAUCUUGCGGCUGCCCUAAUCGAAAAUGUGUUCAACAGUUCACUACUGUUGUGUCUCAAGAGGCAAUCAGAUUCUGUACGGUUACAACAAUGGCGGAGACCACCACCGUAACGAAAGUCUCGCUGCCUUGUGUUUAGAAAAGACUCCGCCUUUCCACAAGUGGUACUUCGAAACCAUAAGUAAGAGGACCUUUGGGUUCUUGAUUGAAGAAGAUGGGCUCGUGUAUUUCGCCAUUGUUGAUGAGGUUUUCAAGAGAUCUAGCGUUCUUGAGUUUCUUGAGAAUCUAAAGGAUGAGUUAAAGAAAGCAGAUAAGAAGAAUUCAAGAGGAAGUUUCUCCGGGAGUAUCAGUUUUAACAAUGUUCAAGACCAGCUUGUUCGAAGACUCAUAGCUUCGUUAGAGCGUGUUGCUGAGACUAAUCAUCUCACUUGUCUCCCCUUAUCAUCACCUUCCAUUGAUGGUGCUGAACAGAGCGAUGUGGCUAUUUCCACGAAAGCCCCGCUUCUGGGAAGAUCCAACAAGCAAGAGAAGAAGAAGAAAGGGAAAGAUCAUGUGAACACAUUGAGAGGCGUUGAGGUAGAGGAACAACGGAAAUCUACUGAUAGAGGAAACGUUACUGAGAGUUCUAAUGCCUCAUCUGCAGCAGCAGCAGCAGCAACAUAUGUUCCAAGAAGGGAUCGAUCUAGUGGCUCGCAGAGCAUUGAAAAGAAGUGGCGGCGUCAAGUGAAGAUUGUUCUUGUCAUUGAUGCAGCUAUUUGUUUGACUCUACUUGGUGUUUGGUUGGCCAUUUGUCAGGGCAUUCAGUGUAGACUGCAGUUGACAUACUCCGCAGAACUGUUGAUUGUAUAUCUACUAGGUAAGAGGCUCAAGUUUCCACCUGGGUUUGUGUAUGUAUGAUUUCUUGAAUUGUGUUCAUAUGAUUUAGUGAAAGCAGGUUAAUUCUGUGUGAUUGAGCUGCGGCCUUCUUUGUUCCUGGCUCUACAUUUGUUGAUGUGAAUGGACAAAAUUUGUGUGUUUGGAUCA